CCGAACCACGAGAAAGGGCAAAAAAGAAGAAAAAAAGCGAGAAGAAAUCACUUCCUCUGUAAAAGCUUCGGCUCACCAUUUUCGUUGUUCAUGGCGUCGAGCCUGCCGUGGCACCCUGUACUCACCUCGAAACCUCAAAAACAUAGUUUUUACCGGCCGAAUAUUGUUCCGGUUCGCCGCGCCGCCACUAUACGCGCCUUCGGGCGCAGCGACAUCGACGGAUUCGCGCAGCGCGUGAGGUCGGGUGAACUGUGGCGUAGCGCGUGGCGGAGCGCCAACGACGGGUUCGAACUGUUCGUUUACGAGACGAGGAAGACAGCGGAGCGAAUUGACCGGAGGUAUGAUGUCUCCGGACGGUUCUCAGUUGUGGCGCAGUCAGCUGCCGACCGAGCGCGUGAGCUUGACCGCGAUUUCGAGAUUACUCAGCGGUGGCGGACGUUUUCGCUAGAUUUCACUAGAAAUUUGCCCAGGUACAGGAAGCAGCUCAAUGAUUUUCUGGAUACUCCUUUGGGAAGGAGCUUUGCAACGCUUUUCUUCCUAUGGUUUGCUCUUUCUGGUUGGCUAUUCCGGUUUUUAAUUUUCGCCACGUGGGUACUGCCGUUUGCUGGUCCUCUCUUAAUUGGGGCUAUAGCAAAUAACCUCGUCAUUAAGGGAGAAUGCCCAGCUUGUAGGAAGCCAUUUGUUGGAUAUAAGAGCCAAACUGUAAGAUGUGCAAGUUGUGGAAAUACUGUUUGGCAACCAAAAAACGACUUUUUCUCGAGAGGCGACAGAGGUUCAAAUACUUCCUCUUCAAAAUCUCAACCAGAUAUCAUCGAUGUUGAAUUUGAAGAAAAAUGAUCGACCAUAUGAGGGCUCGUCCAAUUCCCCCCUCCAUGUGGAUAUUCCUUUUCUUAUGUCAUAGUAGAACCCAACGUUUUUUUUUUUAUUUUAUUUAAUUUUUUUUUUAUUUUAGCAGCACGUCAUGUCACUUAUUUUAUUACAUCUUCAUGUAAUCCUUGUACAAUAUAUAGACACAGUGAAAGGAGCAUCGUUCUUACUAUACGUUUGCAAAUUUGGUUUUUCUUAUU